AUGUUUGCGGGUACAUCAAGACAAAAGCGUUACAUGCCAGUUCACAGAAUCCCGCUCUUCGAGGAGAAGAGGAAGUCGCUUCUGGCAUUUCAUGCCAUUACUGGCUGUGAUACGACAAGCCAGUUCUAUGGUGUGGGCAAGGCAUCGGCAUGGAAAGUCUUCGAAGAUGCACCUGAUGAACUCUUGGAACACCUUGGAAAAGAAAGCCAAAUCAGUGCUGACGUUCUUGCCAAAGCUAAAACCUUUGUGUGCAAACUCUAUGUAACCGAGCUCGAUAAUUAGCUCACAAAGCAUUUUCUUUUCGGUAUUUUUGCGGUUCCGUUUAUCGUUUUCCCACGGUACGCGUUUCUUUAGUUGUGCUUUGUGGUUAGCCGUGCUUUAUCUAGCUCUGUGAUUUCUCCGCCUUUACACCCAUAAACAGGAAAGAAAUUAAUUGAUUUUAGCUCGCUUUAAUCUGCCGCCAUUGCUGUAGUUAACCGCGAAACUCUCCAUUUGUUUCCUCCUAUUGUAUUAACAGGACACGUAUGUAUUCUGCGGUAAAGCGAUAAUAGUGUUUCGCAAACAGGCGUAUUGCCAAAAGGCAGAUUUCACUGUUUUGUGGCUUACCUAGCUGUAGUUGUCCAAUCGUAUUGCUAAUAACAGGAUGCGAGCUGUUUGUGUUCAGUGCGAUAUAAAUACGCCUGCACGUAGCGUUUCUACGCAUUAGUACAGUUCCAGUUCCCGCGUUCACUAGUCAAGCCGUAGGACAUAGUUUUGUAGAGUUCUCCCCUCGCUGGAGUGGGUAAGUGUUCUCCUUUUGCUGUUUUUCGUAGGAUGUUUUUCGUUCUCCUCCGAGGUCAUCGUGUUUAUGAAACGUCCAGCGACCGUAGUAUUACUUUGCUGUUGUAGAUUUCAUCGUUUCUUGGUUUUGUUGUUUUCCGCUGUUGUAUCGAGCACUUUCGCUCUGAAGUCAUUAUCCUUUCGUUUCUUAGCCGUUGUUAUUCCUUUAGCUUAGUGUUUUGCGUAGUUUUGUCACCGUUUUAUGCGAGAUCGUAGAUCACAACCUUUCAGUUUGACCUCGUUUAGCGUUUGUUUUCUUGUCUUCGUAUCAUAUGACUCCUGACACGAGUCACGUGCUAUUUGUCACGCUUGUUCUUCUUUCGUGACCUAGCAUGUUUCCUAGCGUGUUUUGUUUACCUUUUUACAUUUUAGUGUACUUUUGUUCCCUUAGUUGUAUUGCUUAGCCGUCUUAGUAAUUUUUAGCGUCGUUGUUUCCUUUUAGCGCUAUUGCCCUUUUCAUCGCCCUUUUGUUCCCUUUUUGUUGCUUUAUUCGUUUUUCUAGUAUUUGUUGUUAUUGUAUUUCUUUUCCACUAAUUGGCCAUUAACUUCUUGUUUGUUUCGUAUGCGUUUUGUCUUUCAUUGGUCGUCAUUCGCUACCUCCCCUACUCGCGCGGCUCGGUCACAUUUUGGUACCAGGAGUGGGGUAGCGAAUAUUAUUUGGCUUCCAAAAUCUUAGAAAUACAAUAAAGCACUAGGAGUAGAAAAGGGCAAUAGAGGUCACAUCCCAUAUGGAGGGUGAGGUGGAGGAACUCAAACAGAAGCUCCAGAAAUUGGAGGACGAACACAACCAGGCAUAUCAACUCCUGAAAACCCUCCAAGCUAAGGAAUCCCCAGGAGCUCCAGCCCCAUCCCAACCCCAGGAAAAGCAGUUAGUGGUGAUCCCCAAUGAACAAAAAUUGAGGAAGUUUAGUGGAAGACAUGGUGAAAAUGAACUGUCCAUAGAGGAUUUUAUUGAUAAUGCGAAAAGCGCAAUCACCUCAAGAGGACUCCCCCUCCCAGAGCAGGCGAAUUUUGUACUCUCAUACCUAGAGGGCCCUGCUAAAGAAGAAAUGAAGCUCUAUCCUAAAAGCGACCUUACGAAUUCAGAUAAGAUCUUCGACCUCCUUCAAGAGUCUUUUGGCGAGAAGCGUUCUGUUCCCCAGCUCUUAAAAGCCUUUUACGACCGCCGACAGAGGGAAGGCGAAACCCUUCGUGCAUUCUCCCAUGCCCUGAGAGAACUGCAAGCCAAGAUAGAAAAGAAAAGUGUGACCAAAUCAACUGGCCAAGACGCAGCCCUUCGAGACCACUUCGCCGAAAAUGUUAGAGAUCCCCUCCUUCGAAAGGAACUCAAGAAGUUUAUCAGAACACACCCAGAAAUUUCCUUUCUAGACACCAGAGAGGAAGCUAUUCGAUGGGCCGAAGAAGACGAGAAGUCCUGUGGACCGCGCCCCAGGGUGGCUUCGUCGCAUGAGACCAGUACCUCCGCUAAGCCCUCUUCCCUCGAAUCAGCCAUGAAUGAGAUGAUUAAAACCCUGCAAGGCCAGCAAAAGGCUAUCGAAGACCUAGCAGCCAAUCUCAAGAAGCUGAAUACAGUGCCCACCCACAGAGGACAGAAUAUACAGCCUCAGCCCCAGUUCCAGCCCCAGUUUCAGCAGCGUCAGCCUCGACCUGAUGCAGGUGGCGACAAGUGUUAUCAGUGUGGAGCACCAGGACACUUUGCCCGGAAUUGCACAGCAAGAAGCAGACCCCCGCCCCUUCGGAACCUCACCCCCAGGCCUCCACCUAACCCGUCAAACUAGCCCCCCCUGCUGCUGAGAGUCAGGCGGCAGGAGGGAACAGUCCUGGCUCACCUUGUCCCCCGCAGUUACCUGGAAUUGUUUAUGAGAGAGCAGUUGGAAGUUGUCCAGUCACUACUGUGAAGCUGGGGGGAGUACAUGUACGCUGUCUUCUUGACUCUGGAUCACAAGUCUCCACCAUCACUGAGAGUUUCUUUAAUAAGCACUUCCGCCCUAGAAGAAGCAAAUUACUUGACACAAACCAAUGGCUUACCCUUACAGCUGCUAAUGGCCUGGAAAUACCAUACAUUGGUUACCUGGAACUAGACUUUGAAGCACAAGGUGUAACCAUCCCUCAGAGAGGUAUUCUCGUGGUACGAGACCCCCCGGAUCCCCAGUCAAGAGCCCGUAAAGAAGCUGUGCCAGGUCUGAUUGGAAUGAACAUUAUACAAAGAAUGAAUCAAGAGAUUAAAGAACCCAAACUCCUAGAAGACUCUGCUUGGUCUAAUACACUCCAAGUUGCAGGGAAAGCUAUGACGUCAGUUAGAGGAUUUGCGAAGAUUGCAGGCAAAAGCGAUGUUAGGAUCCCAGCUGGAAUGGUCACAACUGUAGAUGCCACUGGUUAUCGAGGAUUGCAGCCUGGCGAAGAUGCAAUUGUCCUCAUCGAGCCCCUAAGAGAUUUGUCAUGUCAUGGACUGGUAGUCAUGAGCACCAUCUCAUCCGUCAGUCGAGGACAUGUCAAAGUACAAGUUGCUAACAUAGCACAAGAAGACGUUUGGCUCCGCCCCCGUGAGAGAAUUGGUAUAAUGCAUGCAGUAGCAGGUGUUCAGGAUGACAACCAGGCAGUUACCUUCACACAAGUCUCUGCCAGUGAAGUAGUCAUACAACCCAAGCCCGAAGAAGCCCCCAAGAAAGAAGAUUCCCCAAAGUCUACACCCAUUCCCCCUGAAGACAUGCAUUGCACCCCUGAGCAGCAAGUAAAACUUGAUGAGCUCCUGGCCAAGUACAAGGACAUGUUUGUUACUGAUGAUGAUGAACUAGGCUACACCGAAACAGUAAAGCACAAGAUAUUCACCACAGAUGACAUCCCUGUAAAUCAGCCUUUCCGAAGAAUACCCCCCGGUCAGUACCAAGAAGCAAAAGAACACAUUCAGAGACUCCUAAGUCAAGGCAUCAUCCGAGAGAGCCACAGCCCCUAUUCCUCCCCAAUAGUACUUGUACGGAAGAAGAAUGGUAGCCUCCGCAUGUGUGUGGAUUACAGAAAGUUAAAUGCAAAAACGGUUAAGGAUGCUUAUCCCUUACCUCGGAUAGAAGAAUCCUUUGACGCACUGCAGGGAGCAAGCUGGUUUUCUACCCUGGAUUUGGCAAGUGGUUUCAACCAGAUAGGAGUAACUGAAGAGGACAAAGCGAAGACUGCAUUCAUAACCCCCUUUGGUCUGUUUGAGUACAACAGGAUGCCUUUUGGACUCUGUAACGCACCUGCGUGUUUUGCUCGGCUUAUGCAAGCUUGCCUAAAUGAGCAGAUCUUCCAGAUUUUGCUUGUUUACUUGGAUGACAUCCUGAUCUUCUCGAAAACCUUUGAAGAGCACCUUGAGAGACUAGAAAUGGUCCUUAAACGCCUGAGAGAACAUGGUUUGAAAUUGAAGUUGGAAAAGUGUACCUUCCUGCGUAGAAGAGUAACUUACCUGGGACACGAAGUAUCUGGUGCUGGUAUUGCCCCAGACCCCCAGAAGAUAGCAGUUGUACAAGAGUGGCCAGUUCCCCAAACUGUUAAGGAACUCAGAACCUUCUUAGGCUUUGCAAGUUACUAUCGAAGAUUCAUCGAAAGCUUUGCCAAGAUAGCAGGACCCCUUCACCAGCUAGUGAACAAUUCACUUCAUGAACUCAAAGUUAACAAGAGACUUUUGUGCCCCUUUAAAGAGAAAUGGAACCAAGAGUGCCAAGAAGCAUUUGACACCCUGCGUGAGAAGCUCACAACAGCACCAGUACUUGGUUAUGCAGAUUACACCAAGCCUUUUAUAGUGGAGACAGAUGCUAGCCAUGAUGGACUAGGAGCUGUGCUAUCCCAGGAACAAGAUGGUAGACGCAGAGUUAUUGCUUAUGCAAGUCGUCGGCUCAGACCCCCAGAGAAAAACAUGCAGAAUUAUAGUUCCCGUAAACUAGAGUUACUAGCACUGAAGUGGGCUGUCACAGAGAAGUUCAGAAGUUACCUGUUAGGAACAGAAUUUGUGGUGUACACAGACAACAAUCCCCUAAGUCACCUUCAGUCAGCCAAGUUAGGAGCAGUUGAACAGAGAUGGGCAGCUGAAUUAGCCUUGUUUAACUUUAAGAUGAAGUACCGCCCUGGUAGAGCUAAUGGAAAUGCAGAUGCACUUUCAAGAGUAGCACGUGGAAAUCAUGAAAAGGAAAUCCCGCAUGCUGACGAUUUAGCUGAGAUUCAGUUGGAAAACAUUAGCGUCACGCAAUCCACCCCAGUACCAGUCGAGCUAAGAGAGUUGGUGACGACCUACACCUCCCAAGAACAAAUGAGCACAAGUACCCCAGAGACAACAUUCACCAGCCUACCCUCUCACAGCCCAGCUGAGCUACAAGACAUGCAGAUUGCAGACCCCGUCAUUAGUCGCCUCCACUACUACAGGCAAAACAACCGCAAACCCACCCCCCAAGAAAGAAGAGGAGAAACAAGAGAUGCUGUUACAUUGCUCAACCAAUGGGACAAGGUUGAAGAGGAAAAUGGCAUACUGUAUCGAGUCAUUCAAGAUCCCCAUUGCGGCCAACGAAAGCAGUUGAUCCUUCCCAAGAAACUUAAAGAGAAAGUACUCACCAGCCUACAUGAUGGUAUGGGCCACCAGGGGACAGAGCGAACAUUACAUCUGAUUAGAGACCGUUGCUACUGGCCGGGAAUACAUAGCGAUGUAGAAGCAUGGAUAAAGAAAUGUGAAAGAUGUACCUUGUCUAAAGAACCAUUACCACGUGUUAGACCAGCCAUGGGACACCUCUUAGCUACUAAACCCUUAGAAGUUCUUGCGAUCGACUUCACACUGUUGGAGCCAGCCACAGAUGGCAGAGAGAACGUGUUGGUGAUGACAGAUGUUUUCACAAAGUUCACACACGCAGUUCCUACCAGAGACCAGCGGGCGAGCACCACAGCUAAAGUACUCCUUAAGGAAUGGUUUUUCAAAUAUGGUGUCCCACUGAGAAUCCACUCCGAUCAAGGAAGAAGUUUUGAGAAUGCAGUCAUCACCGAACUCUGUAAGCUGUACGACAUUAAGAAGUCGCGUACCACUCCUUAUCACCCGCAAGGCAAUGCCCAAUGUGAAAGAUUUAACAGAACCAUGCACAACUUGUUGCGUUCACUCCCACCAGAAAAGAAGAGAAAGUGGCCAGAGUACCUCCCAGAACUUCUUUAUGCCUAUAAUGUUGUCCCUCAUGCAUCCACCAGCUAUUCUCCGUAUUACCUGAUGUUUGGCCGUAACCCCCGCUUACCACUAGACCUAAUGCUUGGAGCAGACGAAAAGGAUCCACCUGAAACAGACUGGCUAGCCUCCCACCAAGACCGCUUACGAGAUGCUUACCUCAAAGCAGGGGAGCACCUCAGACAGCAAGCAGGUGCUCGGAAAGCCAUCAGCGACAAGAGUACCAAUGAACAGCCAAUUGAAAAAGGCCAGUUUGUCUACCUACGCAGUCAUCCUCGAGGCAGAAACAAGAUACAGGAUGCUUGGGAUCCUACCUUGUACAAAGUUCAAGAGACGCCAGGACCUACAGGAGCUGUUUAUACAGUUGCUCCAGCCCAUGGAGAUGGACCCAGCAAGAGAGUAUAUCGGACCCUGAUGAGACCAUGUCAUAGGCAGGUACAGCCAUGCCUUGACACCAACCCCAUUGUGCAGACAGAUUUGAUUCCCCCAAGAGUGAGACAUAACAGAGUGCCCACUGAACCCCAAGAUGAUGAAGAAGAGAUAAUCGUGAUGAGAAGACGCCCCCGUCUUGUAUUGAACACAGCACCUCCAGAACCCUGUGAGCCUGUGAACCCCGCGGAAGAAUCAGAAACCAGUGAGCCCCCAGUUCCAGAAACGCCCAUUGAAGCGACCCCAGGAGAUCAAGCGCCCUAUGCAGAACCUGAGGUUGUUGAACCUGAGAUUGUUGAACCUGCCGUUCCAGUACCCCCAGUUGCAGAGACCCCCGAAGAACCAGUUCAUGUGGAACACCCAGCCCCAGAGCCCCCUGAAGAGAUGACCAUGAGACGCUCCACCCGGACGACAGCAGGGCAGCAUUCUAAUCCCCAUAGAGCUCCAAGAUCAGCAGUAAAUAACUCAGUGACAUUGACUGUUAAAGACUUUCCAGUAUAUUUCAUUUUGUUAUUUUGGUUCUUAGCAUAUAGCCUUUGGUAAAACAAGUUUGUUAGUUUAAAUAAGCAUUGUUGUGGUCUGUCGAGGACGACGACCUAAGCAGGGGAGAAAUGUAACCGAGCUCGAUAAUUAGCUCACAAAGCAUUUUCUUUUCGGUAUCAUUUUUUUGCGGUUCCGUUUAUCGUUUUCCCACGGUACGCGUUUCUUUAGUUGUGCUUUGUGGUUAGCCGUGCUUUAUCUAGCUCUGUGAUUUCUCCGCCUUUACACCCAUAAACAGGAAAGAAAUUAAUUGAUUUUAGCUCGCUUUAAUCUGCCGCCAUUGCUGUAGUUAACCGCGAAACUCUCCAUUUGUUUCCUCCUAUUGUAUUAACAGGACACGUAUGUAUUCUGCGGUAAAGCGAUAAUAGUGUUUCGCAAACAGGCGUAUUGCCAAAAGGCAGAUUUCACUGUUUUGUGGCUUACCUAGCUGUAGUUGUCCAAUCGUAUUGCUAAUAACAGGAUGCGAGCUGUUUGUGUUCAGUGCGAUAUAAAUACGCCUGCACGUAGCGUUUCUACGCAUUAGUACAGUUCCAGUUCCCGCGUUCACUAGUCAAGCCGUAGGACAUAGUUUUGUAGAGUUCUCCCCUCGCUGGAGUGGGUAAGUGUUCUCCUUUUGCUGUUUUUCGUAGGAUGUUUUUCGUUCUCCUCCGAGGUCAUCGUGUUUAUGAAACGUCCAGCGACCGUAGUAUUACUUUGCUGUUGUAGAUUUCAUCGUUUCUUGGUUUUGUUGUUUUCCGCUGUUGUAUCGAGCACUUUCGCUCUGAAGUCAUUAUCCUUUCGUUUCUUAGCCGUUGUUAUUCCUUUAGCUUAGUGUUUUGCGUAGUUUUGUCACCGUUUUAUGCGAGAUCGUAGAUCACAACCUUUCAGUUUGACCUCGUUUAGCGUUUGUUUUCUUGUCUUCGUAUCAUAUGACUCCUGACACGAGUCACGUGCUAUUUGUCACGCUUGUUCUUCUUUCGUGACCUAGCAUGUUUCCUAGCGUGUUUUGUUUACCUUUUUACAUUUCAGUGUACUAUUGUUCCCUUAGUUGUAUUGUUUAGCCGUCUUAGUAAUUUUUAGCGUCGUUGUUUCCUUUUAGCGCUAUUGCCCUUUUCAUCGCCCUUUUGUUCCCUUUUUGUUGCUUUAUUCGUUUUUCUAGUAUUUGUUGUUAUUGUAUUUCUUUUCCACUAAUUGGCCAUUAAAUUCUUGUUUGUUUCGUAUGCGUUUUGUCUUUCAUUGGUCGUCAUUCGCUACCUCCCCUACUCGCGCGGCUCGGUCACAUCUACAAUCCGGGAACACAAGAGGUGGAAAUCAACAAGGAAAGAGCAGCAGUGUUUCGUAAAUCCAAGAAAGAUCUCGACGCCCUACCUCGGGGUCCGACUCAAGAUGCACUGAUUCUCCACAUAAAGCGGGCAAAAUAUCAGACCGUCGUAUGGAAUAAAGCGCUGGAACCAUAUCCUUCUCUCCCAAAGCCUGAAGACAGCGGAUGGUACUACAGUGAAGGCCUUCUGAAGCCAAAGUUACUGACGCGAGAAGAAGUGUCAGCGGCGUGUUUACAGUUAGCAUACUGUGGGUGCUCCCGAGAAGGCGGAUGCUGUGUAAACCGACGCUGCACUUGCGUUCAACUAUCUCUUUCCUGUUCCAAGGCAUAUAAAUGUGGCGACAGGUGCAGAAACGACAGGAAUACUGCAGCAGAGGCGAAUGAAGCAUGA